AUGAGCGCAGUCGCGGCACCCCACAAGAUGAACCCGCUGCUCGCGGCGUACCUGCGCAGCCUCUCCACGAACCCCCUGCGCACCAAGGCGAUCACCACAGCGUUCCUGCAGUUCUUCCAGGAGAUCCUCGCGUCGCACCUCGCGGGCGUGCCACCCCCGCGCGUCGGCAAGAACGCGCCGUUCCUCGUGCACGUCCUCGCGCGCGCGCAGGUGUCCUCGAAGGCGUUCAAGAUGGCCGCGUACGGCUUCCUCGUGUCCGCGCCCAUGUCGCACACGCUCGUGAACGCGCUCCAGCGUGCCUUCGCGGGCAAGUCUGGGCUCACCGCGCGUCUCGGCAUGCUGCUCGCGAGCCAGCUCAUCGUCGCGCCCAUCCAGAUCUUCUCAUACCUGGCGUGCAUGGCGGUGAUUAACGGCGCGAAGUCUGUGGACGAAGUCUCAAAGACUGUGAAGGCUGGCUUCGGGAAAGUGAUUCGGGUGACGUGGAUGACUUCCCCGGUCUACACCGUCUUCGCCCAGCAAUUCUUGCCCACAGAGCUGUGGGUGCCGUUCUUCACCUUUAUGCAGUUCCUGACAGGGACCUACUUCAACACGAAAAUCAAGCGGAUGCAGAUCGAGGCCGCGGCGAAGGCCAAGAAGGACAAGGAGCCCAAGAAGGACUGA